UAGAGUUUUGUUUGCAUAUAAAGAUUCCAUCAAAGAGCCAGUUUGAUGUACCAAUUUCUUCUUGUCUUGGCCUAAGGAUUUUAGAGGCACCAGGGACUUCGAUUUGAUUUGUUUUGAUUUCUGGCCAUAAUCUUCUAGUUUUCCGUCUAAGGGAUUGGAUUGAUCUUCUAGAGGUAUACAGUGAUCACGAUUUCUGUAUAACUUUGCAAUAGUAGGCCUUGGUUACUGCAUUUAACGUGUUUGCUUGAUGGCUUAAAUGUAUCCAACUCAGUUUUAUCCAUGAUUUAAUCAAAUCUGUAAUGUGAUGGUUCUUCUAUUGGUACGUGUGUCCCAUUUGUCAUUUCUUUAUAAAUUUUAACAUAUUAUCCUUCAUGGGAAGUGAGAAAUUGGAGGAUAGUCCCAAUGCACUAGAAUUUAAAAUGGUAGUUAGUAUCCUGAUGUACCCAUUUCGUACACGGGGGGCUCAUUAUCAUUGAUCCACAAUAUUGAUCUUGUGGGAUCCAUUGCAGAUUGAGGAUGAGCCAGGCUCUUCCAGAUUGAGAGACUGUAACCAUUUUUGGGCAUGGUCCAAUGACAGUGAGUAAUAGUGUAUAUUACAUUCUGUUUUUGGAUUUUUGGUAAUUGGCAUUUUUUUUUUAUACGAGGUUUGCCAUCUCGUGCACAAUAUGAAAGGCGGAUGUUGAUGCAGCAGAAAUAGUCAUGGCUGGAGCCAGGUGUGAAAAUGGUAGUAAAGUGGAACAGGUAAGAAAUGGCCUUCAUAUUGUUAUAUUUAACAUUGUCGCUUUGUGGAAUAAAACUGCAAAUCCCAUAUAAAAGAGAGGAUAUGUGGCUAUUAGAGUCUUUUUUCUUCACUUUGAAACUGGACUUUAUGGAGGAUGCAUUUUCUUAGAAAAAGUACAAAAUUUGUUAGAAGUCUUUGAGAUGUGUUUUUUAUUGUGGAUAUUUUGGUUUUACAUUUCAUGCUACACCUGAUGCAGUCCUCUGGCUUAGUUUCUUCCAAGAGAACUGAUAAAUGUGUAGCGUUGGAAAUACUUCUAAUUCUUUGCACAUAUGUUGGCAGUAAUCAAAGUUCAGGACUUUUCUUCUUCAUCUGCUUCUUCUUCUUUCGAGCUUCUCUUGAUAAAUGCUUCUUAUAACUCUCCAUAUGUGUAAAUAAUCUGCUUAUCAAUUUUGUAAAGAAGUGGACAGCCCGUAGUACAAUACAGGCAAAUUUACUUGUGUAGACAGCUAGAUCAGAAUAAUGCGGUCUUUUCUUUUUGUGUAUUUUCCUGCAGUAAGCAUUAUAUUAUAUUUUUGUUUCUUUCUAGGUGCUUGUGUAUAGUUUGCAAAUCAUGGCAUGUCUUUGUGGAAUUUUCAGUGAGUGGGAAUGAGCUAAGUGAGACAUCAUCCAAAAAAAGAAAGCUCCGCAUGGAUGAGCACAUCUCUCAUGGGAAGGCAGAGCUUUUGCCUUGAUCAAUGGAAGGGAUUGCAGUAACAUCCCUCCAAAUCAUGUACAUCCAUUGGAGCAAAGCCACGCAUCCAGAAUAACUCAAUCAACUGUUUUGGUUUUCAAUACAUUUCUUUCUUUCUUUAGGAGUGUUUUAGUUUUACAGAAAGAAGAGCAAGGUUAAGAACAGGUAAUUCACCUUUGAUCAGCUCACUGUUUGCUAUGAUAUCGCAGAAGAUUAAGGUUGGGAACUUCAUGCACUAUAUAAGCCGAUUUUUGGCGGGCUUUACAAUCGGAUUCAUUCGCAUUUGGCAAAUUAGCUUGGUGACAUUAUCGAUAGUCCCCUUGAUUGCGAUUGCAGGUGGAAUAUAUGCAUACAUUGCCACUGGCCUGAUUGCAAGAGUACAGAAAUCCUAUGUGAAGGUGCGAGAAAUCGCAGAAGAGGCUAUAGCGAAUGUCCGAACUGUCCAGGCGUUUGCUGGGGAAGAGAAAGCUGUAAAAUCCUAUAGGGAUGCUCUUCAAAAGACAUACACUUAUGGGAAGAAAGGAGGAUUGGCAAAGGGUCUGGGGCUGAUGUCUUUUACUGCUACACAGCUCACCAAAUAUCGACAGAAGAAACCAGUCCCUUGGAAACAAUGGCAAUCAUUGGCAACAAGGAGAUCAUUGAUAUUAACCAAGGUAUGUUAGCUGCUUAGACUGGUGUAAAAAAAAAAAGAAAAA